AUGGGUCUGGACAGAUAUAAGGAUGUGGUGUCAUUGGUCGACAGGACAUUGACAGAAUUAUCCAACCCUGGUGCUAGUGGAAGUGUGUUUUACCUGACACUGGAUGAUGAAUUCAUCAUUAAGACUACACAACAUAAAGAAGCAGACUUCUUACAGAAACUACUACCAGGCUAUUAUAUGAAUCUUGUACAAAACCCCAGGACCUUGCUACCUAAGUUCUAUGGUCUGUACACGUACCAAAGCGGUGGCAAGAACAUUCGAUUUGUAGUCAUGAAUAAUCUCCUUCCUUCUACGUUGAAGAUGCAUCAAAAGUUUGAUCUGAAGGGUUCAACAUACAAGAGGAAAGCCUCAAAAGGAGAGAAGCAGAAGAAAUCACCAACAUUAAAAGAUUUAGAUUUCAUGGAAGAACAUCCAGAUGGGCUGCACCUAGAUGCGUUAACAUAUAAUGCUCUCCUUAAGACGAUACAAAGGGAUUGCAGGGUAUUGGAAAGCUUUAAGAUCAUGGAUUAUAGUUUGCUUCUUGGUAUUCAUAAUGUGGACCAAGAACAGCGAGACAGGGUGAAAGAAGGUCUGGAUGAUCUACCACCAGACUACCCUGGGGACCCAGGUACUUAUCCCGAUACACCAAGGACACCUACAGAAAGGACGCCUAGAACACCAACUGAAAACAGUAAUGGAGAAGAUCCACUCAACUCAUCAUCAGGUGUACCUCCAAGGUUAGAAAGAUCACGUUCCUAUAACAACAGACAGAGAGUAGCAGCCUUCUCAACAACGAGAGAAGCAAUCCAGGGUCAGUCUGACACAUAUGUAUCAGGAGGAGAGGAUGAACAGAGUGGUGGUAUUCCAGCUAAAAAUACAAAAGGAGACCGUUUAUUACUCUUCAUAGGCAUUAUUGAUAUCUUACAAUGUUACAAAUUAACUAAGAAAUUAGAACACACGUGGAAGUCAGUGGUACACGAUGGUGAUACAGUCUCAGUGCAUAGACCGGGUUUCUAUGCCAACCGUUUCAAGGAAUUCAUGGCUAAAAAUGUCUUCAAGAAGAUACCUUUGAAACAUUCGCCAUCCAAGAAGAGGGGUCAGGCUGGGCAGUACGGUCAAAGUUCCAGGCAGGCAGACAGUAGCGGGACCAAUCGACCAAGGUCACAAACAGAACCUGUACUAUCAGAACCUCAUUCAAAGAAGACACUUCCAACAGAAGAAACAGGUGCCCGUCCAAAGGAGCCCAGACCUGACUUAGUUCCAAGUACCCCACCACUUGGAGGGGAAGCCUCUGGCUACACACCGGCAGUUGAGGUAACAGAGACAUCCGACUCAAGCUGUGCUGAUAAUGCAAUGCCAGCCAAAACAGCAUUCCGACUCAAACAGCAAUCAAAGACUACAACAGGGACCAGUGAAGAUCAGGCUUCACUGUCUGAUAUCAACAUCCAGACUGAGGGGAGUGGCAUAGCCAUGCAGGAGCUUGAGCGAAAGCUAUCAGCAGCACACUUAGAACAGAAUAUAGACUAUACACAAAGUGGCAGCAGCACGCUUGACACCGGUAGCGAGUCCUCCCCUAGGAAGUCCCAUGACCUGAUGCAUGAUUCACCCUACCACCAGUCGGAGUACCAAAGCAUCAUCCUCAAAGGAAGCCAGGAGAACCUGUCAGAAGGAGGCGCUUUGACUACCGAAAAGGGCGACACAAUAAAAGCAGAUUUGGAUAUGAAUGGGCAUUCAAAUCCAGAAAAUGAAGGAAGAACUCAUGAUGCAGAUGGAGGAAAAAAUGUAGAAAUUGAUGGAAAUGUGGGAAGUGUCUGGCUAUGAAGGUCUGGCUGGCACUUCAUAGGAUUCAAUGCCAUUGAGCGUUGCUGUGCUACGCGGUUGUCAUAUUGCAAUUUUGUGACUUUAGAAAAAGGAAUUGCAUCAUUUUCAGUGUGGCUAAGGUAUCCUCAUGUCAGCUAUCAAACCAGUGCAAUGUGAGUGGAUACCUUACGGUCUUUUACGUCGUUCAGUAAGUGUUUGUGCGGAAUAUUGGUGAAAUCAACCUACGUUUGUAAAGAUUGUCCUGGUGUCAUCCAUCACCAUGAUACUUCAAGAGCAGCCAAGUGCCAGUGGUAUUAUAGAUUGAUAGCAUCAUCAACAUGAUUAACAUUCAAAGUGUGUUUUUAACAAGUGCUCAUGAAAAGAAAACAUUGAAAGUGCUUAGAUGAACCCUUUAUCCAUGUUAGCAUGACACAGACUAACCCUGCAUGCCGUUCUCCUUGAUAUCCAGGCCCAUGCAUUAUCUUGACAUGAUUAUUAUGAUGGUAUAUUAGUUCCCCUUUUACCCUUCCCCCUCCGAGUAAGAAUGGCUUGCUCAUGUUCCUGGCAUAUUGAGUUGAAUAUCAUGCAACCCUUGAGCCUUGACCUUUAUGCUUGAUCCAAUGCUGACCCCAGUAUGACCUUCCUCUGUCCAUAUUUUUAUCAUUGAUUUCCCCCAAAUCAUAUGUUUACCUAAUCCUAACUUCAAGAGCAAGAACAAUGUCAUUAACAGACCAAACCCUAGGAUUAAGAAUUCGGAUGAUAUAAUUAUUAUGUGAUUGAAGAUAUUUGUUUAUACUUUAUAUCUGAUCGUAUUAUGGUUAGGUCAUGAAAUUAAUGUUGGAGAUUUUUUUUUCUCUUUUCAUGUAUAUAAUGAUCCUUCAUAAGUAAGAAAGGCUUGUAUGCACUCUACAAGAUGUAUUCUGUAGUUGAGUGAUAUAAGACAGCCUUUAUUAUGAUCCCACUGGAAGCUAAAAGAUGAGUAUAGUGCUUUAUUCUGCAAUAUACACUUCAUAAUGCAUUUGGCGCCAAAUGGUUUACCAGAGACGUUAAUGUAACAAUGUGUAUGGAUGAUAUUAAAGUUGAUUUGAACCAGCCUAUUUCCAUUAAUUUUUUUUUUGAAAAAUCAGUUAAUAUUAAAACAUGUUUAAAAAAAACAUCAAUGAGCUUGCCAAUAUUACUAUCAUGGCAACACCUUCCUUGCAAUCAUGAUUUAGAGCCACAAUGAUUAUAAUUCAGUCAGCACAUUUUUUUUCCCGUGACAAAUUCUAAGUUUCAGUAUGAUAUUGCAUGAUGUUUUUUUCAAUUGAAGAUUUUUGAUAUUAAGAAAAUACAAAAUUUGAAGCCUUUGUUUUUGCCCUGUUUUGAGUUUCACUUUAUAUCACCCCAUCCCUCUUUUGUGUUUGUACUCUUUUGAAGAGUACACUCAUUUCUACAGACAUAUACUUUAAUAACCCCUUGAAAUUUUCUUGCAAUGAAUAUGUUUGUGUGCACUCAAUAUGAUAAACAAUAAAAUUCGAAGGAGGAAAGACUAUGGUAGCUCAUCUUCAUACUUUGUAAGAACUAAUAAUUUUACUCAUGUCACUUAUUUGGAUUGGGAAUAUAUUUUUUUAAUAAAGGGAUCUUAAAAACAUACAAGGGCAUCAAGGGGACACUGUUUUAAGGAAUAAUCUCUGAGCGUCUGAAAUUAACAAAAAAAUUCAUGGCAACAAUAAUCUUAACUUUUUCAUUUAUUCAGAUGAUAUAUGGUUUAUAAAAGUAAUUCCCUCCUUUAUAAUAGAAGCCCAAGAUGAUGUAGCCAAACUUUUUUUAUAUGAUGCCAUUGCACAGAAAUGUGCUUCAAUUCACUUGUUUUUUCAUCCUUAUAACUCACUGAAUUACCCAAUGAUAUUUUUUCUCAUUUAUCUAAAGGUAUCAUAUAUCAUUUAAAACUUUAAAUUCAAAACAAGAAAAUAUGAUUAAAAGACCACUUUGUUGUCCUUUGAUUUUGUAUUUGUAUAUAGAAUAUUCACAAAUAUAGAUGUAUAUACUACAUUUAUUUAAUAUUUCAGUUGUAGUAUUAUCAAUAGUAUUGACUAUGUCAUUAUCUCAAGUAUAUUUUGUGUACAACCAUUUUCUAUGAAGAUGUUGAUGUAUUAUUUUAGCGUUACUUGUUUAUAUUGUUUUACCAUGUGCAGGCGCAUUAAGAAUAGGUCAAACAAUUAUAUUGAUAUGUUUUUCUUUUCCCUUUCUCUAAUGCUUUAUACAAACUUGUUACCUCUGCAGUAUAUUUCACUCUGCAAUAUAUUUAUUGCACCAAAUUUGAAGGAUAAAACUGCAUUCCAUUCUUAUAUAGCGUGGGAGACUGUGGCAGUCAUCUAUGGGGGAAAACUGAGCAUUGGGUUAACAUCUCUGUAGCUUAUAAUAGAAAGCAGAGUUGUAGUCGAGACUGGCCUUGAGGCCACAUUUUGCCAGCCUUGGCGUUGGCCUUUGGCAAAGUCACAUGCAAAAUGUGUAGAGGAGGUUUUCUCAAGCGACCUUGUGACCCGGAAGUACUGGCCGUGAUUUCAUCCCUAAUAUACCGGUAUAUAGAAAGAGAUCACAUGGACCUUUGUACAUGGAUUUUCACUGCAUAUUCCAACCUGCAAGCAAUCAAGAAGUCAUGGGGGAGUUACCCUUCGCUCGGGAUUAUGUUUGGUACAAGCAUAAUUAUGCCAAGUCUGACAUUAAUACUGUCCCAAGUUUCAGGGUUUUUUGCUGUGAUAAGUCAGUCAAACAGCUGAACUUUAAUAUGGAAAAGCGAUCACAUGUACUCUCCCAGACAAAGCCUAAAAGGAUAUUAUGCAAUCAGCGCCUUGUAUGUCUGAAUGGUCUGGGAGACAGAUCAUAUAUUAAGACUCGUCAGCCAGAAGUCACUACAUUUUCGCUUGGAACAUAGAAGCAUGUUUAAUGUGAUGUUUGUUGGGGAUUUACCCUCUUUAGACCUGUUACGAGUCUAGGACUUGGGAUUGUCAAGAAUUUCUGCCACCCUAAAUAAAUGAUUAUCCUGAGUCGGAUUCAUGCUUUCUGAUUUUUUUCAUAACAGCCUUAUGCAAAUUGCUUGCGAUUUAACAUCCCCAUAAUUUUGGACUUUUCUGUCCCUUUAAUCUUUGAAAGAAAUAUUGUUACUUUUAACUGCCCCCGAUGUUUGCAUUCUAUGAGAAUGGGUCAAUCUCUGAACAGCCAUAUUGAGCUGUGUAUUAAUUGUGUUGUACAGGAGUAACGAGUCUGUUUUUAUGUGCCACAUGAUUGUGAUAACCAAAGCAAUAAAAUGGAUAAAGCAUUGUGAUCAAUCUCUAUUCAAACUGUACAGGCUCUCGCUGUGUGAAAGGAUAAUUAGAUCAAAUGUGGUUAUUGUAUUUGUAGUGCUUUCUAAAUAGUCAAAUUGUUAUGUUAAUUGUUUGGAUUCACUUUGAUGCCAGAUUUAUUUCAAAGUUUUGAAAGAAUUCAUAUGAAUUUUAAGAAUUUUCUGUGUAUUGUAGUUCUCUCGCCAGGUAAAAAAUCUUGGGGAUGAUAACUCAUGUCUGAACCCCCCUCCCCCCUUCAGGAAAAUUUUGGGAUCAGUUCAUUGCUGAUACAUUUUCUUUUAAUAUGGUCAGUUGUGGGGAUGUUGUUAUGCUUUAUUAUACACAGGAUAGUUAAAAUGAUUAUUAUUAUUGUCAAUUACCAUAAAAGUCUAGUUAUGCAUAAAAAUAUUAGCUUUUAACCUCAGGCUCAGCAUACCCCCUCCCCUCCUGCCUUCGCUUGCAAGUUGCAUCUUUACCACUAACAUACAUGUACAUCUUCCACUGCUUGGGAAGCUCCAUAGACUGCCUAGUAAUGGCUCCUAAUUGUGGCUAAUAACCUAAGAAAGACAUUAGCUUAAAGGGAAACACUAACAUUUUCAUGUUAAUAUACGGUAAUUAUAGGAAGAUCAAGUAAUUAGAAAAGUAAUUUAUGCCCACUUGUGAUUUGUUGAAAAUCAAGUUGUAUUUGAUUGCGAAUUUAAAGCAAAAAAUGAUUUGAUUCAAUGUAAUUUAACCUUUGAACUCAUUGUAAGAUAGUAAUCUCCAGUAAUCUUUGCCUGAUUGAAGCUAUGAAGUCUUUGUUUAGUCUUUACAUUUGACCAGCCAUUCCAAGUAUGUGCCAGUCUUUUAACAUAUGCAAUAAUACAUCAAUUUAUUACAAUUGUAAUGUUUUAAUUAUCUACAUUUGACUGUAUUACAUCGGAUUGGACAUGUAAAAUAAUACUUUUCUGGUUUGUGAUAACUGAUAUAGAGUUAAUUAUUCUGUAGGCACUUGAAAUAUUACUUCAUUAUAUUUUAUAGAACAAGUAAUGCCUAUUGAAGCAUAUCGUUAACCUAUUCUGUGACUUGUUCAUAUAUUGGGAAGAAACUAGCCAUUGCUGUCUUGGGAUCCAGCCAUAGGGCUAUGAUAAUUUGUGAGCAGAGAACUUAAUACUCUCUAGGAUGCAUGUGUGCAAGAAAGUACUUUUCAAGUUAACCAAAAUACAUCCACAUUAUUGUAGACCUUCAAACACCGACCAAAGAUAAUAAUUAUUGUCUAUUGGAAUAUUUUGUAAUUUAGACAUGAUCCCCCCAUAAAUCUACAAAACUUAAGUGAUAAGGUAAAGAUUUGAGAUAAAAUAAAGGCUGUGAAGAUGGUUGUCCCCCCAGUGAUUAAUUGUCAAUACUGUAAACAUGUACAUAUAUGUUGACAAGAUGUUGGCACUAACUUACUCUUAUCCAUUGAAAAUGAAAUGGUAUGUCAGUAAAUAAUUACUUUCAAGAUUCUCUAAUGUAAGUUGCAUCAGUGGAUUUGUUUGAUAAAGUUUCUCUUUGUAGGUCAAAAUAUUCGACCUGGACCAUCUUUAGAAGAUCUUUCCAUAUGACAAAUAUUUGUUGGACUAACUCUGUUUGGGGUUUUAAAGUAAUUUUGUUGGUGACAGUUUCGGUAGUGUACUCCAUCCUCUGUUCGCCUCUUCUCCAAGUAUUAUUUCCUGUAGGCCAUGAAUUUGUAUUUUGUAGUCUGUGACUUUGUGUCAAGUUUGUAGAAGCGCAAGAGUUCAAAGUUGAGUGUGUCAUGUAAAUAAUUGUACAUUUAAAAAACCAGGGGACAACAGACAGAAUGCAUCGUUUCUCCUCUCUGUCUUCAAUUAUGGUGCACAUUUGUAUGUAAGCAAUGUAAAGUGUAUAAAUAAAAUCAAAACGGCUGGACUCGAUGCAGAAAAAAUGGAUGGAAGGUGGGGAGGGUUUAAUACUGUGAUGAAUUAACUACCCCUGUAGAGUUGGGUGGUAUAUAUUUAAUAUAUUGUUAUUAACUUUGUCAAAACAGUAAUGUGGUGAUACAAUGUCGGUUGAUUUUUUUUUGUCAGGACUUAAUUCCGUAAGGAAUACACAAGUAAUAUUUAUGCUUUAACACUAUCAGUAGACUUAGAAAUCCAAAUAUGUGUAUCUCAGAAUUGUGCCAACGCUGUCAUCAAUAUUAAAGACUUUAUUUAUGAGCUUUCAUGAGAAAUGAAUGUAUUACAAAACAAUAAAACAUCAUGGUAGUAAUGUACUUGCAGCCUGAAAUGACACCAAAGCUACUUUAAUAUGGAUAGGCUAUUGCAUUCAUAAGUGGUUAGUGGCAGUCAUUUGACAUCAGUUGGAAUAAAUGUAAUGAGAAGAAAAAAGAAAAUAUAAACAAAGUGUUAUUGAUUGCAUUUGCUCAAAUGUCCAAACCUUUAAGUUGUCUUAUUUUUAAGUGAUUUCUUACAAAUUAAAUUAAAUUAAAUGCAAAAGAUGUGAUUAUUGUAAAAUAUGGAUGAAACAUAAUAAUGUUAUACCGAUGUUAUUACGAUGCGAACAGUAGACCAACCUUCCAUAAUGUGUAGUACUUCUAUAUCAAUUAUGCUAGCUUUUUUUUAUAGUUUUCAGCAUCCAUUUCUCAUGAAAGCUAUUAAUUGUAAAGGAAAACAUUUCUUUUAAAGUACAUUAUUAUUUGAAUAAUGAAUAUGAUGCCAAUAAUCAAAAUGUUAAUGCCUGUCAUUUUUUUCUUUGUUUUAGAAUGACUAGUAUCUGUAGCACAAAAAUCUGCAUGAUCAAUCCAUGCAAAGAAUAAAUUGUAUUACCACUUUAUCAAA